AUGCCCUCGCAAAAGGGCUUCUGUUUUGUAGUGCCUGCUGAGUGUAUGCAGCAGUUACCGGAGACAGUUAGGCGUCAUAGAGUCAAUGUCGAUGGCAAUGUCUGUACUGUCAUGGUAACCACUUUGGUUCUUGUGGGAUGGCAGCGGAAACUUGAUCCCAGGAUCGAUGGAGAUUUAAAUUUUCCUGAUAACUAUGCUCCAUUUACAUUUCAUGAAGGCUUGCUUUCCAGUAAGCAAGGUGCCUACAUUGCAGAGUCUAUCGCUGCUAAGAACAUGAAACAAGCGAAGAGCCGUUUUCGGAUGUAUGAGGAUGCCACAGAUCAUGGUGGUUCUAAUCAUUCUGCAAAAGUAGAGCCAGCCAAUGGUUGUACUGGUGAAAGGGAAACUGGGAAGUCUGCAAAGAAACUUGAUAAAGGAAGGACUGCAAAAGAGGAGGCAUCCAAACGUGAGAAGUAUAGCCGAUCAGCUUUAAAUACAAUAUUUUACCAUUAUAGCCGCAAGGCACGACUCCGUUCGGCUAUACUCUUUAAAUAUUAUUCAAACGAACACGAAGCUUGCACUCGCAGUGGACGGAACUUUCUCUCGCAGUCACUGCUUCGUCCUCCGGGUUCGGCGCCGAAAAAAGACCCAACCUGCCUAGGCGCCCGCCUAGCUACUACCUAG